CGAGCAGCUCGCGGGGACGCUGUCUUGACUGUGCCUGAAUGUAACCGCGGGGUCCUGAUCAAAGGGGGAAAAGAACAGACAAGUGCAUGUGUUCCCGUUCACUGAUAGAAGCAACGUUUGUAUCAUAUCGACAACCUUAAAGCCAUUGGGACGUGUUUCAGUGGAUAGCAAAAUGAAUAACCGAGCAGGAUCCUUUUUAUGGAAUCUCAGGCAAUUCAGCACUGUAGUUCCAACAAACAGAACUGUGAGGCUGUAUCCUUUGGGAUUUUGCAGACCAAAAGUUGUUUAUUCAAAUUGGAGCCCAGGAAACCUUCUCUUAAAUAACUUUGACAGAAAGAAAUCAUCCGUUAGCUAUCUCUUUCAUGAUGCCUUGUUUUUUAAAUCAGGAGAUGGUGCCUUUCAAACAAAGGUUGUAGGCACUGUAACAACCUUUGGAGUCAGCAGACUGCUUUGUCCUAGAAGACUGUGCUUUGACUCAAAACAGUCUUCUGUCUGUGAUAAUGGGCUGAAGAAAAUAAACUUUCAUCAUGAGGCCUCCAAUGAAGAUGUGCUCACGAAGGAAACAAAAGCAACCCCAAUCACCUGGAGAAAACUGUCUCAGGAGUGUAAUUCCCUGAGGGAUGUGUUAGAUACAUUUUCAGAAGCACCUACAUUUCCUAGUAGUACCUAUUUCUCAGCAAUGUGGACAAUUGCCAAAAGGAUGUCUGACGACCAGAAACGCUUUGAGAAACAACUGAUGUUUAACCACCCUGCAUUUACCCGGCUGUGUGAACAAAUGAUGAGAGAAGCCAAGAUCAUGUACUAUGACCACUUGCUGUUCAGUCUUCAUGCUGUGGUGAAGCUUGGUAUUCCUCAGAACACUCUGUUGGUGCAGACUUUGCUGAGGGUGGUUCAGGAACGUAUCAAUGAGUGUGAUGAGAAAUGUCUUUCAGUUUUGUCAACUGUUGUAGAGGCCAUGGAGCCAUGCAAGAAUGUGGAUGUUCUCCGAGCAGGACUGAGGAUACUAGUUGAUCAACAAAUUUGGAAAAUAGAACGUGUCUUCACAUUACAAGCUGUGAUGAGAAGUAUUGGAAAAGAUGCACCAAUUUCUCUUAAAAAGAAACUGGAGAUGAAAGCUUUGAGGGAACUAGACAAAUUUUCUAUUUUGAAUAGCCAACACAUGUUUGAGGUACUAGCUGCCAUGGAUCACCGCUCCAUUAUACUGUUGAAUGAAUGCAGCAAGAUGGUCAUUGGUAAUAUCCAUGGGUGUCCUAUUAAAAUAUUGAUCAACAUAGUACAGUCUUGCAGAGACCUCCGAUACAGUAAUUUAGAUCUUUUCAAGGGGAUAGCAGAUUAUGUGGCUACAACUUUUGACAUGUGCAAGUUGAAACAUGUUCUUUUUCUCCUUACUUUAUUUGAAAACCUUGCCUUUCGACAUGCUGGUUUGAUGGACUUAUUUAUGAAGAAGGUAAUAAAUGAACCUGACUGCCUAAACAUGAAACACCUGGUGUCUGUCCUUCAUGUGUAUUCUUCUCUGAAUCACCUGCACAGGUCCCAGACCCAAGAGUUCCUCAAUGUCAUGGCCAGUGCUCUGACUGGUUAUCUCUACCAUAUCUCUUCGGAAAGCCUGUUGAGUGCUGUGUAUUCAUUUUGCUUGAUGAACCACUUUCCCUCGGCUCUUAUUAAUCAGCUUCUCCAAAAGGACAUCAUCGACGAGCUGCUGAUGUCAGAUAACAAGGAGAGGCAUGUUCACAGGCUUCAUGUUUUGGCUGCCUGUCUAAAACUCGAUGAUGUUCCUUACUACAAGGCCAUGGACUUAGCCCUGCCAUCGUGGCUGCCCACAACAUUACAUGCAAAUGCAAAGGUUGCCGAGGUGCUGCGUAGCCUGCUGGGAGAGGGAUACUUCUCUGAAAAUGUACAGUUGCCACAUAAUUACCAUAUUGAUUUUGAAAUCAGAAUGGAUUCUAACAGGAGUCAAGUGCUUCCACUUUCUGAUGCAAAUGUGGUAACUUCCACUACAGAUGUGCAAAGAUUAGCUAUACUCAGUGUUCCUAGAUCUACUUACUGUUUGGAUUUAACCCACCCCAGAGGAUUCCUUGCUAUGAAAAUGCGUCAUUUGAAAACAAUGGGUUUUCAUGUGAUCUUGGUUAAUAACUGGGAGAUGGAAAAACUAGAGAUGAAGGAUGCAGUAACAUUUUUGAAGUCUGAAAUCUACUCAACUGAAGCCCCUUCUACUGCUGAUGUUAAUUUUCAAAGCACGUGUUAAAGUAAAAAACAAUCAUUUCAUAUUUGGAGACAGACAUAAAUUUGUAAAAAUAAUUUUAAUAAAGACUAUAAUUCAACUGUCAAUGGAAUUCACUUGAC